CCUCCUCCUCUCCCCUCCUCCCUCUUCCCUACCCCCCUCCUCUCCCCCAUUUCUCCUCCUCUCUUCUUUCUCCCCUUUCCCUCCUCCCUCCAACUCCCUCAUCUCUCCCCCUUCCUUGCUCUCUUUAUUCCCCCACUCCGGGAGGGGCUGGGGCUGGCUGCACAGCCGAGUGGGAGUCGGAGCCGGGUUUGGAACCAGCCAGAGGCGCCUUCCCGCCGCUGCCGCCGGAGACCCGGCACUCCGUGGCCCCGAGGCGGUGGACAGGCUGCCCGUGGGCAAGCAGACAGCGUUCGGGGCGGGCCGACCGGCCGGGCUCGGGGCGGCGCUGGGCGCUGGGUGCUGGGCUCAGGGUGGGGUUGGGGUGGGGGGCGGGAGCGGUGGGGCUCGCCUCGCCAGGGCUCUGCGCGCCGGCCCGGCCUCUCCCCGCCCCCGCCCUCUCUCCCUAUUUGGAGAGGAGACACCCCUGACGUGGGGCUGUCCCCGCCGCGCCCCCGCGCCCGGGCCGCCCGCGGGCUGCUGCGGCGUCAGACGGGAUCCCGCAGGCGGCCAGGCAGGCGAGCGUCCGUCGGUCCGCAGUUCUUGCGUUAAUCCGCCAGUCCGUCCCCGCCGCGCCCCAGGGCGAAGCUGGUGUGAGCCCUAUGGGAGCAGCCUUCCGUCCGGUGCACGGGCUCUGGUGGUGUCGGGCAUGAUGCUGUGGAUCCUGGUGGGUGCCCUCCUCCCUGUGGUGCUGUUGGCUGCCCCCCCUCCCAUCAACAAGCUGGCACUGUUCCCAGACAAGAGUGCCUGGUGCGAGGCCAAGAACAUCACCCAGAUUGUGGGGCACAGUGGCUGUAAAUCCAAAUCCAUCCAGAACAGGGCCUGCCUGGGACAGUGUUUCAGCUACAGUGUUCCCAACACCUUUCCCCAGUCUACAGAGUCCCUGGUACACUGUGACUCCUGUAUGCCCUCACAGUCCAUGUGGGAGAUUGUGACACUUGACUGUCCCAGCCAUGAUGAGAUGCCCCGAGUGGACAAGCUAGUAGAGAAGAUCGUCCACUGCAGCUGCCAGGCUUGUGGCAAAGAAGCAAGCCACGAGGAAAUGAGCUUUUUCACACAUGGCAGAGAGGAACAUCCCGGCUCCCACCCCGGCCGCCAUUCCCUCGAGGUCGAGGAGCCCCCUGGUCCCACCCACCCAGUGGAGGAGGGUGCUGAGGAGUGACUUCCUCUUUCUUUUCCCUCCCCUCCCCCCAACCCCCUGGAACUCUGCUUCCCACCUUCCUGUGGGGGAGAGGAGAGGCUGGGCCCCCACCCCCCUCCCCAUGGUCAUUGGAUGGACUUGAACUGCUGUCCAGUUGUCGCAGCAAUCAUUGAGAGUAGGGGGAAGCGGGAAUCCAUGCUGCACAUGUUAAUAUAUUCUGAGGAGACUGGGAUGGGGGUGGGAGAGGGGAACGCUGGGGCUACUUGGGGUCCUCAGGGGUCCACGUUUUUGUUUUAGAACGGGGCAUUGGCUCAGCCCUUCAUUCCCCUAGACGCAGGGCUGGAGAAGUAGGGAGUGAGGGUCCCUGGCCGGGAGCUGGCCUGGAGGCACUGGACCCCUGGUACCAGGGCCGCAGAAGACUUGGGAAGGAUGGAUGGAUUUUUUUUAAUGUGGGCAGAUGGCAGUAAUGGACUAGCUUGCAGUGAUGUGUUGACGUGUGGCACAGAGGAAUGGGUGCAGCCAUGUGGCACUGAUUCUGGGAAGCUGGAAGGGCAGAGUUUUUCUCUUCUUCCUCUCUCCCAGCAGCUCCAUUAUUUGCUGGGGGAACAUCUGGGCAUCUGAGGGGCAUAAUUUCCAGGUCUUACCCUUGGCUUUGCCUCAGAUGUACCGUGGAGGGAGGAGGGAGGUCCUUUCUCUGCCAGGGAGGCUUUGGGAUAGCCUUUCAGAAACAGUUCUGUCUUCUCUUGAGACACCUCAGAAGCGUCUGUGACCCAUCCUUCGUGAUGUUCAGGCCAUUCAUUAGAUCUCUUCACUCAGCCUAGCCCAGGGCUCCAAGUUAAGAGAGGCUUCCUCAGCUGUCGUCUCUGUGUGUGUGUGAUUGGCCAGAGCUGCCCCUGUAGAAGUGGGGCCCCCAUCCUCCAAAUCUCCCAGAAGGAAAGCCCUAGCUAGAUCAGAAGAAGGACUAUCCCACCCCAGUGGGAGGAGGAAGAGGAUGGGUAGAAAACCUUGCCAAGCUCCAGCUGGGUGAUCUAGAAGUCUCUGAAGUUCAUACUGGGUUGAGUUGGAAGUGUGUCUGCAUAGACAUUGUUGGGGCCCAAUGGGGGAGGCAGGGUACCCCCCAAUCCCUGCUCCUGCUUCUUUACCAGCUGCACUUUAAUCCUGAGGGAAGGGGUGGAGGGCGUGGAAAUCUCCAGAAGGGCUAAUGCUAUUUCCUAAGAAAGGGGGUGGGAGUAGAAAUGGUCUGCUCCCUAGAAAUGUCCCUAGUUCCCCCAAGACUUCCUUUUUCCAGAGAAGUGUUUGCUUCAUCCAUAGAAGCAUCCUCUUCAGUCUCCUCCCCAACCCUCAUGACUCAUGGCUGGAACUUAUAACCAGUAGCCUGUCUUUUCUCCUUCAAAGUUUUUCCUGAAUAAAUAAAUUCAGUGACCUUUUGUGA